CGUCCUGCUCGAUGACUCGGUGUUCGAUCAGUCCGGUCUGCUCCCCGGUCUUUGCUGUCUGUUAGCGGCUGCCGCUCUUUCUCUCUGCGCCAGAUAACCGGUGGGAUUAAUUACCGACCUUUCCGUUGGACUAACGAGCACCGAGCCCGGGACGAAGCAUGUCCACCGCCCUGGAGAGCUACAUCAACCGUACUGUGGCCAUCGUCACCUCAGACGGCAGGAUGAUUGUGGGCACCCUGAAGGGCUUCGAUCAGACCAUCAACCUGAUCCUGGACGAGAGUCAUGAGCGAGUGUUCAGCUCCAGUCAGGGGGUGGAGCAGGUGGUGCUGGGGCUCUACAUCGUCCGAGGAGACAACGUGGCGGUGAUCGGGGAGAUCGACGAGGAGACCGACUCCACUCUGGAUUUAGGAAACAUCCGAGCCGAGCCGCUCAACUCCGUCGUCCACUGACCUUUGACCUCCGACCUUUGACCUGCUGCAGCAUCACCGUCUCCAUGGCGACAGCGACAUCAUGACUCGGCCGGAGGCGGUUUCCAGAAGCAGGUUUGCUGAGUUUUACUGGUGGAACUGACGGAUGUUAAAGGAAUAAUGACGUGUCCAGAGGAGCUCAGCAGGUCGUCUUCAGGAGCUGCGACAUGUUUGUGUUUGUAUUUUUUAUAAAUAAAGAAGUGAGUUGUUUGAGUUGUUUGAACUUUUUUAUGCUUCGAGUGUUUUUGUCAACCUCAGAUUGUUCAAUAAAGUUUGUUUUGUCGACUUCUGA